UGAUCCGAACAGCUCCUAAAGGACCAGUUCGGUCUAGCCGGGUCCGGCCAGUCAUCCUCUUUCCAUUCCAAAGCUAAGGAAUCAAAUUCGAAUCAAAUUCGCCGGCCAUCAUCCUCGUCUCAUCACUCCUUACGACCACCACACAAAGCUAGAGCGGAAAGGCAAAAAAAAGGAAAAGAGAUGCUGAGAAGAAAACCGAGCAAGAUAGAAGUCAAGGUCGAAGACAAGGAAGAACUAGAAGAAGCCCGCAAGCGUGCCACCGCCGGCCCCGCUCCGCCCACCGGCGCGGCUUCUAUCCUCCACCAUUUAAACCGGAACAAAGACCCCUCCACCAAAUCCCAACGCAUCGGCCUCUCUUCCUGACAACAUCUCAAACCAAAUCUUCAAACAAAUUAGAAAAUUUACAAAGAAGACAUGGAAGUAGAGGUCAAGCUCCGCCUCCCAGACUCCACUGCUCACCAGAAGCUCUCCGACGUCUUAUCUCCGUUCCACCUCCAAACCCACUUCCAAGAAAACGUUUUCUUCGACGGCACAGCUGCCGAACUCUCGUCCAAGCGUGCCGUCCUUCGCCUCCGCUUCUACAACAGCGACAGCCGUUGCGUCGUUUCUCUUAAAGCUAAAGCCGUUAUUGUCGACGGCAUCAGCCGCGUCGAAGAGGAUGAAGAAGAGAUUGACCCCUCGCUCGGUCGCGCUUGUGUUGCCGAGCCUUGGCGGAUUGCUUCUGUAAACUCGUCGAGGAUCUUGAAGAGGGUUAAAGAAAAAUUUAGAAUCGGCGAUAAGGGCUUUAUUUGUAUGGGUGGGUUCAGGAAUGUUCGGGCGGUUUAUGGUUGGAAAGGGUUGAAGCUGGAGUUAGACGAGACGCAGUAUGAUUUUGGGACGUGUUAUGAGAUUGAGUGUGAGAGCGCUGAUCCGGAGGGAGUCAGGAAGCUGCUUGAAGCACUCUUGACGGAGAAUGGGAUUAAUUAUUCUUACUCUGAGGUUUCGAAAUUUGCCAUCUUUCUAUCUGGAAAACUGCCAUAGACAAGUAUCCACCUGCUGGAUGGUUGCAGAUACCCAUUGAUUUGGAACUGAUAAGGUCAAUCAGCGAUGGAGAUUACAUGGUGAACUGUUUCUGUCAACAAUUGAUCUGCUUCUCAUCUAGGACUAGGAGACAAUAAUUCAACAUAUACAUGUUUGUUCUGAUGCAAUUGUGUUCUCUAUACAAUUCCUUAGUUACCUGUGAAGAUCAUCAUUUUUCAUACUCCACAGUACUUUGUUCACUUCACUUCAAUUAUCUUCAGGAUCAAGGAAACCAUUAUUUGUUGUUGAGUUGGACAGCGCAUUCUGAUAAGCAAACUUAUAAAUUUUGAUGAAUAA